AUGUCAUCAAGGAUGAACAACCCAAACAACCAGCAUCAUGAAUCUAUUCGCAAUUUGAUUGCAUCUAACUUUAAACAACCUAGCCAGUCUCCAAAAUCAGAGGCUCGAUCCGAUGAGUCAAACCAAAGCACCUCAGUAGCAACACCGACGGGACCACACUCGCCAUCGAACCCUAAUCGCAGAAAAUCGCAUUCAAUAAGUAAUGCCGAAUUGUCUCGACAGAAUUCGAAUUCAAAGAAAGUGUCAUUUUCCAACUUGCAGUCGGCAAACUCGUCACCAGUCACUAAUCAAUCUUCCUCUUCAUCAUCCAGCGGAUCAAUAGAUAAUUCAGAAAAUGAGAAUAGUGAUGACGAGGGACAGAAGCGUGAAGCUCCUCGAUCUAAGUACAAUAUUGGUGAUGUUGUGUUGCGUCGGCCAGAUUUUAAAGGAUCAGGUAGCAAACUGAAAGUGAGUAGAGGCGCUGAUUAUUUUCAACCGCAAAAUCAUGCUACACUUAUGCCUAGCGUAACCCCUUCUCCAUCUAGUGUGUCACCAAGCGUAUCUACGACUUCAUUGAACAAAAGAAUAGGUGCAAGGAACAGGUAUAGUUAUGGUGGUGAGAAAUUAGCAUUGACAAAGUCAUUAGACUCUCAACUACUAGAACCUUCGGAAUCAAACAACUCAACCAAUUCAUUUUUGCCGGAGUUUAAUAACAGACCUUUAACCGAUACGCCUUUUGUCUCGUACGUUGGAUCACCCAUCACCAGGGAGCAAUCCAAUGGUGAGGAUUACGAUAAUCAAGCUGAGAAUGGUAUAGAUCUGAUUCACAAGUCCAAAAAUAUUUCUCAUUUAAACUUGACAGACUUGGCUGAUAACCAGUCCCUGUCUGAGACGGAGUCAUUGAGGCAAGCAAGAAAUUCUGCCGCGCAUGUCGCAGCGUCGAUGGUUGGUACACAAUCCACGAGUGUCAAAUCAGAUAUUAGAAGACCUUCUUAUCAACCAACGGAUCCAGAAGCAGAAAUCAAAGUUCCGCAUUCCCAUUUAGCUGUUGAAGGAAAGGGAGCAAGGCCAAAGCAAGCUGCCUCCAUUCCCGAAGACACAAAGAAAGAGGAGGAAGAAGAGCAAGGGCAUGAGCAAGGGAAAGAGCAAGGGCAAAAGCAAAAUCAGACGCAGACGCUAGAGCAAAGGCAAAAACAGACGCAUACGCAGACAAAACUUGAUGACAGGGAAAAGAGGCUUUUGGAAAUUGAAAUGGAACAGGAGAAGCAAAAACAGGCUGACAAGAAGGCAGAAAUUAAUUUGACCAAGGACUUUUCACACUUGUUAAAAGAUGUUCCACCACACAUGAAAGAGCAAUUUGAAAAAACUCCAUCCAUUGAGCAAUUGAAAAACUUGCUCUUAACUACUAAGCCACCAAUCACCUCAAGGAAAACGUACACUUUAAACAUUCCAGGUCAAACAAAAUCAAAGACCUCGCCGGAUGGUAAAAUUGCAUCUGUCGAUGUUGGGUCGAAACUAGUCAUUGUGAUGGUUGGACUACCCGCAAGAGGAAAGUCUUAUAUCACCAACAAGCUUACACGAUACCUUAACUGGCUUCAGCAUGAUUGCCGGGUGUUUAACGUUGGUAAUACCAGACGUAAGAGCAAAUUGAAUGCUGGACCUGAGCAGAAUCCGUUGCCUGAUUCUCAUCCGAAUUCCGAGGUUCAAUCACCUGUUCAAGGAGCUGUUGGUAGCAGUAGUGGUGUUGGUGAGAUGAACAAGCAAAGUGCCGCAUCUAAAGCAAAGACCCGUGAACAUGACGCUUCUUUUUUUAACCCAGAUAAUAAGGCUAGUACAGCUUUGAGAGAAAAGUGGGCUAUGGAUACAUUGGAUAUGUUGUUGGACUAUGUUAUUAGCGGACCCGGCUCGGUUGGUAUAUUUGACGCCACAAAUUCUACCAAGCUGAGAAGAAAGAAGGUUCUCAAGAAGAUCCAGGAAAGAAGUAAUGGUGAGUUAAAGGUAUUGUUCUUGGAAAGCAUUUGCAGUGAUCCUGCAAUUAUUGAAAGCAACAUUCGUUUGAAAUUGAGUGGACCCGACUACAAAAAUAUGGACCCAGAAGUUGCAUUGAAAGAUUUUGUUGGUAGACUACAUAAUUAUGAAAAGGCGUAUGAAAGUAUUGAUGACGAAGAAGAACAGAUUCCUGGGUUUCAAUAUGUAAAGAUGAUUGACGUGGGGAAAAAGGUGGUCAGUUUCAACAUUCAGGGCUUUCUUUCUUCGCAAACAGUUUACUUUUUGCUCAACUUCAACCUUUGCGAACGUCAAAUUUGGCUUACUCGUCAUGGUGAAAGUAGAGACAAUGUUAGUGGUAGGAUUGGAGGGGAUUCUCAUUUAACAAGACGUGGAAAGAAGUUUGCCAAGGCAUUAGCUACGUUCAUGAACUUUCAACGUGAAGAGUUUAGAAAGCAGCAGUUGGAAAGAUUUUCCACCCGCUUGGAACUCAAGUAUAAUUCAAUGUUUAAUGCCGAUGACGUUGCUGCAAUACCCAACGAGCCUAACUUUUGUGUUUGGACGUCGAUGAUGCAUCGUGCUGUGGAGUCAGGUGUGUACUUCAAUGAGCAGGUGUAUUCGGUUAAGCAAAUGCGUAUGUUGAACGAGAUAGGUGCAGGAAAGUGUGAGGGCAUGACUUAUGAAGAAAUACAAGAGAAGUAUCCAAGGGAAUUCGAGCUGAGGUUGGAAAACAAGUUGAGUUAUCGAUAUCCUGGUGUUGGUGGUGAAAGUUACUUGGAUGUAUUGACUCGUUUGCGUCCAUUGAUCACUGAAAUUGAACGUACGACAGAUCACCUCCUCAUUAUUAGUCACCGUGUUGUGCUUCGUAUCCUCAUUGGUUAUUUCCUCAAUUUGCAACCAUCGGAUAUUGUUCAACUAGAUGUUCCACUUCAUUCGUUAUAUAAAUUAGAGACUAAUCCUUAUGGAACCAAGUAUGCUUUAUACACAUAUAGGGAAGAUAUGGAUUGGUUUGUUGAAACUAAACCAGAAAAUCAGAAGAAUGUGCAGGAAAUGGGAUUAGCAUUCAAUGAAAAGAGGUUUUCCAUUGUGCCUACGGUUCCGAAAAAGUCGAUUUGA